AUGCCCUCGCUCCCUCAAGACCUACUAGACGGCAUCUCCGGGGCCCUCGCAGCAGAAGGCAACAUCCUCCAAAUGGUCCUAGUAACCUUCAUCGGACUAUCCUGCUACAACGUCGCCGAGCUAGUCGUCCUAGUAACAGCCACCUUCCGGCGCUGGCGCGGCCUAUACUUCUGGUCCCUAUUGACAUCAGGCUGUCUCGGCGUGGUACCAUACUCGAUCGGAUUCAUGAUGAAAUUCUUCACGCGCACCGACUCCGCUCUCUCCGUCACCGUCCUAACAAUCGGCUGGUGGACGAUGGUAACCGGGCAAUCGGUGGUCCUAUAUUCACGCCUCCACCUCGUCCUCCGGGACGAGAAGACGUUAAGCCGCGUUCUGCGCAUGAUAGUUGUCAACUUCUUCUUGCUGCAGGUGCCCACUACCAUCCUGACGUACGGCGCUAAUAUCAUCCACACGGGCGAUCUGGCCUGGGUGUGGGGGUACAAUGUCAUGGAGAAGGUGCAGUUGACGGGGUUCACGAUCCAGGAGACGCUGAUAUCUACGCUGUACGUUAUUCAUACGGUGAGAUUGCUUCGUCUGGGUGCGGAUGCGACUAGUCGGCCUGAUGCGCGGAUCAUCAUGUACCAUGUUAUUGGGAUUAAUUGUGCGAUUAUGGCUAUGGAUUUGCUGUUGUUGAGCUUGGAAUAUGCGAAUCAGUAUGCGGUCCAGAUCGUGCUGAAGGGCUUUAUUUACUCUGUUAAGCUGAAGCUGGAGUUCGCUGUGCUGGGGCGUUUGGUCGAUAUCAUUCAGGGGUCUAGGCAUCCGAUCUCCGUGGCUAUAGCUGAUACGCUGCCUCUCUGUUCGUUUCCUCUUCCGCCGGAGACGGCUGUCUGUGCUGAUUUGCGGGGUCCGGAGCUGGAAUCUGGACCCGACGGGAAGGGUUCGAUCGCCCCGGAUUCGAUUGCUCCGGCGGAUGGGGAGGAGGUGGUUGAGACGAGGGAUUUUGUCGAAUUGGGGAGGGAGAUACGGAGACCAGCUUCACGGUAG